GCUGCUGCUUCUCCUUCCUCUCUCUCCCUCACUCUGAUCAAAUUUAUUGUUUUCUUGCCAAAAAGAAAAACCAGAAGCUUCUGGGUGAGGAUGCAAGGGUUUCCACAGAGCGGCGUGCCUGGGCCUGGUCCGGCGAGCGAUGGUUUGGCUCAGCUUCAGGCCACCAUGCACGCCAUCGAGGUCGCCUGCACUUCUAUUCAGAUGCAUAUCAAUCCAGCAGCAGCUGAGGCAACAAUUUUGUCGUUGUGCCAGUCCCCUCAGCCAUAUCAGGCAUGUCAAUUUAUUCUUGGGAAUUCUAAGGUGCCAAAUGCAAGGUUUCAAGCUGCUGCAGCCAUACGUGAUGCAGCUAUCAGGGAAUGGGGUUUUCUUACCGCUGAUGACAAGAGAAGCUUGAUUAGUUUCUGUCUCUGCUUUUUUAUGCAGCAUGCUAGUUCACCUGAGGGCUAUGUCCUAGCAAAGGUUUCUUCUGUGGCUGCUCAAUUGAUGAAAAGGGGAUGGUAA